AUGGCACCGCGAUCACCACCGGAACUACGAACCUUUACUGGAUUCAUCUAUAGAUCACCACCGCAAAGAGCUUUCAGGAGGAAGAUUUUGCUCUCAAAUCAUUCCGUGCAGAAGAUUGUCACCAAAACCAUCAAAAUUCUCCAUCUUUUCCCGAAACAACUCUCUCUAGAGAGACAAUCGAAUCAGCUUCACAACCACCUUAAUUUCUUCUCCGAUCUUCUUUCGGAUCAACGGGUUCAGAUCUACCAUAACUAA